AUGAAGGCUGUUGCACAGCGUACUAUUAGCGGCUCAGUCAGAGUGGGCGAUGAGGUUGUUGGGGAGGUGAAUCGUGGAAUUGCUGUCUUGGUAGGUAUUCACCGUGACGAUACUGCAGAUAAUAUGAAUUACAUUGCCCGAAAGCUCUUGGGGCUGCGUCUAUGGCCGAGUGAGGACUCGCAAAAGACGUGGGACCGCAAUAUUAAGCAAAUUGACGGUGGUGUUUUGCUUAUUUCUCAGUUUACACUUAUGCAUGUACUAAAGGGUAAUAAGCCGGACUUUCAUUUGGCUAUGGAUCCUGAUGGGGCACUUAAAAUGUUUAAUUCUUUGCGUGACACCCUUAGAAGUGAUUUAUUACUAGAAAGGGUUGCAUCAGGGCAAUUUCAAUCAUAUAUGAACAUUAACUUGAUAAAUGAUGGACCGGUAACGAUUAUUCUUGACAGUCGCAAUAAACAGUAG